AACCAGCUUCCGUUCUCUGUUCUUCUCUUUCCCUUCUUUACCACUCUCGGAAAAAAAAGGUCGAGCAAAAAGAUGAGCACUACUACCACCGCCAAGAAGCAGUUUCUGGUUGUCAUCCGUGACUUCAAAGACGACAAGGCUUUGGAGCGAAGAAUGGCUUCCCGUGAUCAGCAUAUAGCCAUGGCCAAAGAAUCAUAUCCCGAUUAUAUCGCAUGUGGUGGCGCCAUUUUCGACUCGCACGAGUCGAGAAAAAUGAUUGGCAGUGCCAUGAUUUGUCAGGCUGAGUCAGAGGAGGAGUUGCGAGAGCGAAUCGCAAAGGACCCCUACGUUGUUGGAAAAGUGUGGGAAAGCUGGGAUAUUUACCCAUAUCGCAAUGCUAUUGGUUUGGAGAAGGAGCUUACCGGACCUGUCAUUAUCUAGAAGGUUUUCUUACAAACAAAAGGAUGUUAUUAAAAAGGAUGAUGCUUGAUUGAAACCGGGUUGAUACAGUACUGUUAUGACUAGAUACGUACAUUGGAAUGGUUCACGUUUGGUACUCAGAACUUUAGAAGGCAUGUAACAUAGCAGUGCUCUUUUUUUCUGCUACACAGCUAUCAAGUAGUAAUGCAAUCACGCGCGAGGAAAGAAAAGAAAAAUGUCAAAACCAAACCUCCGGGUCCACCAGCCCGUUUGUCGAUUUAACGUGUUUGCCAUAACUCUGAACUCCGCGAUAAAAUGGGUGAAGGCUCGUCGCAAAGCAAAGACC